GCACAAUGUACCGACUGUCGACAAGAUACGUAUUAACAGAUACAAUGCAAUUGUGAAACCGCUAAUUUUAUAAAUGAAACAUAACAUAUAUAGUAUCGCCUAGUUUUAAAGCGAAAUUAGAGCAGCGUUCGAAUCGCCAGCAGAAAAAGAAGAGUUCGUUUUCGAAGGUACUAGAAAAUUGUGGAACAUAAUCAUGGAAAGGCAUUGCAUAUAACUAUAUAGUUUCGCGACAAUCAAGAAGAGGCGCUAGUUGUUCAUUUCUGGAGCUUUCUGAAAAUCUGCGCCGGCUCAAGAGUGAGCAUUCACGAGUCAUCACGUAUCUUUGCGAGUGUAAAAGAACGAGUUGCGGAAAAUAGAACGAAAUUACUAUUGUUCCGAGGUCAAGCGUUAUGGACCAGGUAUCUGUGUUGAAAGAAAAAGGUAAUUCUGCUUUGCAAGACGGAAGGUUUGAGGAGGCCAUCAAACAUUAUACGGAAGCAAUUGCUUUAGACACAAACAACCAUGUUCUUUACAGUAAUAGAUCUGCAGCUUAUGCUAAAGCUGGUAAAUAUGAACAAGCAUUGGAAGAUGCUGAAAAAACUGUAAGUUUAAAACCUGAUUGGGCCAAAGGAUAUUCGCGUAAAGGCAGUGUGCUUGCUUAUCUGGGUAAAUUGGAUGCCUCUAUCAAAGCUUAUGAAAUUGGCCUACAAUUAGAUCCCAAUAAUGCACAGCUUAAAAACAGUUUGGCCGAAGUUAGAGCUCAAAAACAAGCAGCAGCUGCCAAUCCUUUCAAUGCAUCCGAUCUCUUUGUGAAACUUGCAAAUGAUCCUAGAACCAAAGGUUACCUACAAGACCCAGAGUACCUAAAAAUUUUACAAGAACUUAGAACCAAUCCGCAAGCUCUUGCUAUGAAAUUACAGGAUACAAGAGUACUUACAACUCUUAGCGUAUUGUUAGGUAUGAAUACAGAUAUGGGUGAACCAAUGGAAACAGAUCCACCAGAACCACCAAAACCUAAACCAGAACCACCUAAGCCACAAAAGAAAGAAGAGGAUAAUCUUCCACCCGAGAAGAAAGAAGCAUUGAAUGAAAAACAGUUGGGUAAUGAAGCAUACAAAAAGAAAAAUUUUGAGGAAGCACUUCAGCAUUAUAACAAAGCAGUGGAAUUAGAUCCUACAGAAAUCAUUUAUUUAUUGAACAUAGCUGCUGUAUAUUUUGAACAGAAAGAAUACGAUAAAUGUAUUGAACAGUGUAAUAAAGCUAUUGAAGUAGGAAGAGAAAAUAGAGCAGAUUUUAAAUUAAUAGCAAAAGCAUUUACUAGAAUUGGUCAUGCAUACAAAAAAAUGGGCAAUUGGAAACAAGCAAAGGUGUAUUAUGAAAAAUCUAUGUCAGAGCACAGAACACCAGAAAUUAAAACUCUCCUUUCGGACAUUGAUAAAAUUAUUAAAGAAGAAGAACGAAAAGCAUACAUUGAUCCGGUAAAAGCAGAAGAGGAGAAAGAACUUGGAAAUCAGAAAUACAAAGACGGAGAUUAUCCAGCGGCUAUUAAGCAUUAUACGGAAGCCGUUAAAAGAAAUCCUGAUGAUCCGAAAUAUUAUAGCAACAGAGCUGCUUGUUAUACCAAAUUAGCCGCAUUUGAUCUCGGAUUAAAAGAUUGUGAAAAAUGUGUUGAAAUCGAUCCGAAGUUCAUUAAAGGCUGGAUAAGGAAAGGAAAGAUCUUGCAAGGCAUGCAGCAACAGGGCAAAGCACUUACUGCUUACCAGAAAGCAUUAGAAUUGGAUCCCUCAAACAGCGAGGCGUUAGAAGGAUAUCGUUCGUGUGCUGUUUCCGUUAGUUCGAAUCCUGAGGAAGUAAGAAAGAGAGCAAUGGCAGAUCCAGAAGUUCAAAGUAUAUUACGAGAUCCUGCUAUGAGACUUAUCUUAGAACAAAUGCAAAGUGACCCUAGAGCCUUACAAGACCACUUAAAGAACCCGGAUAUAGCUGCCAAGUUGCAAAAACUAUUGGAAUCAGGACUCAUAGCUAUUCAUUGAAAACAAAAAUAUCUGUAUUUGUGCAUAGCUCUGUGCAUGACUUUAUUGUCACCAAGUUCCUUUGGUAUUAAAGAAACAGUACUGUUCAUUAUAUUUUUAUGUAUUAGAGAUAUGUUCUUUAACCGUGCAGGUCGAUUAAUGGCGUAUUUGUUCGACAUCUGUAUUCGAAAAAGCCGUUUAAAGUAUGUUUGGUUGUACACAAGAUAUUUUUAUGCGAUGCGGUGGCCUUUUUGGUCAUAGACCAUUUUUGCAUUGUAAGUCCUGUUACGGUAGCUGUGUAUGUUUUAAUAUACCUCGUGGAGUAUAACUCUAUAAGGGAAAAAACUACUACAUAAUUACAAGCUUUUGCAUAAUUUUUACAUAACACUUCCAAUUGUAAAUCAUCAAUAUCAUCAACAUCAAUCAUGCAAUGAUUCACCUUACAUUUGUUAUGUGGUCUAGAGUAAAGAAAUUAUCUUAAAGCAGAUUGUUCUCGAUAAAUGUUUCCAUGCAUUAAACGAACGUGUACCUAGUUUUAUUUUAUAAGUGAUACAAUUUUGAUUUAAAGUACUAGUACUGUAAUAACGAAGAAAAAUAACAAUAGCUAGUAAUUACUAUGUAAUUAUGAUAGUUGUAUGAUUUAUUUGAGAUCAAAUUUGGUUUGGUACAAGGAUAUGGUAAAGGAUGCGUGAACAUAGAACAUUCUUGAAUAAUUGCUCUGAUAUAGUGUAAGAACUUUUGUUUAUUGAAGUUUUAGCAGUUAUACAUUUAUGUUCACAAUUUAUAAGCAUUAGCAUAAUACUGCAUAACAUAUCCGUUACUUUUUUCUCCUUUUAAUUCUUCUGUUUUAAAGAUGGUAGUUAUCAAUAAUUAACUUCAUGCUGGAAACAUCUUAAAUAACGAUACGACAAGAAGAAGGAUAAUGGCAAACCAAAUAAAUACAUCGAAAGCAUACAAAA